AAAGAACAAUUCGGGGAAAGCCUCACUUUGCUGCCCUCAAAUGAUAACAUUAAAGAGUUACAGACGAUUUUGCGAGACAAGAACACCAGUCGCAGCGAUUUCAAAUUCUAUGCAGACAGACUGAUUCGACUUGUCAUAGAGGAGAGCUUGAAUAAACUGCCAUUUACUGAUUGUGAGGUGGUCACACCAACUGGAGCUCUGUACAAAGGCUUGAAAUAUGGUGCUGGUAACUGUGGAGUGUCCAUUGUUCGGUCUGGAGAGGCUAUGGAACAAGGCCUUCGCGACUGCUGUCGAUCAAUCCGUAUUGGCAAGAUCCUCGUGGAAAGCGACACAGACACGCACGAGGCCCAUGUUGUUUAUGCAAAGUUUCCAGAAGACAUUGCCAGGAGGCAAGUUCUCUUGAUGUAUCCUAUCAUGUCUACUGGGAAUACUGUCAAACAGGCAGUAAAUGUCCUAACACAACACGGUGUAAAAGAAGAACGGAUCAUCCUAUCUAAUUUGUUCUGCACACCAGCAGCCGUCCAAGCUGUAGUCGACUACGUACCAAAGAUGAAGAUAUUGACUGCAGAACUACACCCUGUAGCUCCGAACCACUUUGGCAUGAAGUACUUUGGAACCGAUUGAUAUGAGUCCUUAGAUAAACUCAUUUGAUAGAAGAGCAGGUUCUCAAUUUUCCGACAUCUUAUCGUUUCUCAAAAAAUUGAUUGCCAUAACAUAUUGUUUGUCAUAACGCUUUUAUUUCGAAAAAUAUGUGGUUAUUGUUACUAUAUAUCAUAAUUAAUUACAUAGUUUAGGUUAUAAACCAAUGAAAUAAUAUAGAGAAAUAGUCCAGAAGAAAAUAGAAUUAUAAGAAAUGCCGUA